AUGGAGCUACAGGAUCAUGCCUGGAAUCCACUGACAUCCACAGAGAUAAACAAAGAAGACCGGUUCUGCGAGUUAGGCAUGGUCGGAGGUGGUGUCUAUAUCCUGAGUUUCAUUGGAGAAUCCCGUCACAGGUUCUCUCAGGCGGCAAUAUGUUUGAUCGACAAGCUCCUAGACCAGGGCAAGUUCUUCUCGGAUGGGAUGGAUGUAAGCAACUUAAGGUGCACAGACAGAGAAAGCGCCAUUGGGUAUCUGAUGUCGUUUCAGAAGCUUGUGGGCAAGCUGUUGACAUUCCAUCUUCCAACUAUGGCUGUUAUCAGAGGUCAUGCAGUUGGAGCGGGUUGUAUCUUUGCACUGGCUCAUGAUUACAGGCUUAUGAGCUCUGACCACGGUCACAUCUUCAUGAAUGGGGUUAAUUUAGGAAUGUCGUUGACACCUGGAAUUAUGUCCGUUCUUCGCACGAAGUUGCCCAUAUCAACUUUCCAGGAGCGAUACAGCGGGAAAGGCACGGCAGCAGCUGGUAUAGUUCAAGCAACGUGUCCAGGGACAACUCUUAUGCAAGAAGGGAUGAAGAAAGCUUUGGAGCACAGAGCUAGGAGAUGGAACAGAGAGAUCUACCAUGCCUUGAAGAUGGAGAUGUUCAAGACCACUCUGCAGGAGCUUGAAAAUGGAGGAAUUGGAUAUGCAAGAAUGUGA